AUCACGUGAUCUUCCGAAUACCAGGAAAAUUUCGGUACAGUUUUCUCACGAGGAGAACUUUAAUAUCAACUGCAAAUACACAGAUCUAGUGAUGCACUUCGGUCAGUUGCUGGACCAUGAUGUCGGCCAUUCAUUGCCAGAAGAUGAUACCGUAAAAUGUGGAUGUAGCCAAACGGAAAAGUGUCUACCAAUUGAUAUCCCCAAAGAUGACCCAUAUUUUACUAAGCCUUGCAUGAUCUUCAAGCGAUCACAGAGAAUAUGCGUCAAAGGGUGUCCGGCUGCGCCAACUGAACACGUGAACGUCAUAACAUCGUUCAUCGACGGAUCAAUCAUUUACGGUUCAACUGAGAAAGAGGCGCAUAACUUGCGAUCCAAUGUUUCAGGUAAACUGACAGUUCAAUCAAAUCCAUCUAAGCGUCACCUUAAAUCGAUUCUACCACACAACCCAAAACAUAGCAAAUGCAAAGCACAGACAACCACCAAGAAAUGCACUUUGGCAGGUGAUAAAAGAGCUUCUGUGCAACCAGGUCUACAUGCAUUACAUACAGUCUUCGUUCGGGAGCACAAUCGUCUUGCGGAGAAACUAUCUACCUUAAAUUCACAUUGGAAUGACGAAAGACUAUUUCAAGAGGCCAGAAAGAUUGUAGCAGCCAUCUUGCAACAUAUUACAUAUAACGAAUAUCUUCCAGUUAUUCUAGGUCCGAAAAUUAUAAAUAAAUACAACUUAUCACACGAGUAUCCAUAUAAGUAUGAUGAAUGUAUUGAUCCAACUAUAAGUAGUGUCUUCUCGUCUGCUGCCUUUCGUUUUGGGCACAGUCAAAUCGGAUCCUUCGUGGCUCGUGCUGACAAGAACUAUCAGCCAACAUACGAACCUCUCCCGCUCAGAGCCACGUUCUUUAAUGCCUCUGUCUUGGAUGAUGCAAGGUCUGGUGGUGUCGACUCAAUCAUUUUUGGCAUGUUAAGUAUUGGACUAUUUAAUGUUGAUCAUCAAUUUACAAAAGACGUUACCGAGCAUUUAUUUUCGGAUCCACCUCAUGCCCCAGGAAUGGAUCUUUUAGCCAUUAACAUCCAGCGUGGUCGUGAUCAUGGUAUAGCUUCUUACAACCACUGGAGACAUGAAUGCGGCCUCGGAAGAGCAGACAGCUUUGAAAAUCUGACAGAAGUCAGCGAAGAGAUGAAAAAUCUUUUGCAGAACAUGUAUCACGAUGUUGACGACAUUGACGCAUUAAUUGGUAUGCUCAGUGAGAAGCAUGUUGAAGGCGCCCUUGUGGGACCAACUGUUGCCUGUUUACUGGGUGAACAGUUUCAUAAUCUCAAGUUUGGUGAUCGUUUCUGGUACGAAAAUACAGAAGGGCAACAAGCAUUCACUAAAGCUCAAUCAGAGAUGAUUCGAAAGGCAAGCCUAGCCAGAUUGUUUUGCGACAAUCUCGAUGAAAUCGAAACCAUUCAGCCAUAUGUAUUUCUUGCCCCCGAAAAGGGGUUCGAGAUACUCAAAUGGCAACAGAGUGUACUUCCAGAAGAACUCGUAGAGAUAUACAUGGGUCCAGACGGCCAGUCUCGGUAUAAUAAACGGUUAUCGUGUUCUGAUCAAUUUAUUCCUUCCAUCGACCUAAAUCCCUGGAAGGAACCCACACCCAUCUGAUGGGUUCAAAUCUUAAUAUUCCCAAGGUUGAACUAACAAAGAAUUCGUUCGCUAACGACAGUUAUGUGCUUACAUUUACAGUAAGUAUCUAGGAGGCGUUUAGGCCCAGUCGGCACUGCACAGGACCCAAAGGAUGAAAACAAACUUCCCGAAUGUAAUGCAGUGCGUUUGUUCUCAAUCCAAAACUAAAGAAGACAUUUGAUCGUUAACGUUUUGGCAAAACAUUAUUGUGUUAAUUUUAAUUACAAUUUUGAUUUACGAUCUUACAGUGUAAAAUACAAACUUAUCUUGUUUACAUUCAAAUGUCUCGGCUUCAGUCGCCAUUCUAUCCCUUCUUUAAUAUGCUGAGCCUCAAUUAAAAUUAAAGGCAUUGCUUUAUCGAGACACAAAAGGAGACAAUACUUGUUUAGGGCCUGAGAGCAUUUGCUUUAGCUACUUUUAAUAAAACACUAGAAGCAGGCUAAUUACAACUAAGAACUAAAUUACUGUUUAUGGUAUGUUCUUUUUCAUUUUUUUUAUUCGAUUUGAUUUUUACUGGCCUUUUGGCUUCUGGCACUUGGGUGGUGGUUUAGACACGUUGGCGCUAUAAAUUUCCAGCAGUAUUAUUGUUAUCAAUAUUAUUAAUAUUAUAUUUUUGUUAAUAUUUUUUGUCAAAUGUUUUGUUAUUAAAUGAUAAAAAUUAUUCAAAUGCAUACACCAAAGUUUUUAAGGAUAAAUUAAAUAAUGUAUAUAAUUAUGUAAAUAUGUGAAAUACUUCAUGAAGUCCAAUAUACCGUACAUGAUGGAUCUAUGAUGAAACUAUGUAAAUAUAUAAAGUACAAUUAAAUAAAAAUAUUUAAUAUUAUAUACGAGAAAGUUCACAAAAUGAGGUUGUCUGGGGUCAUAUUAAACACGACAAUAUUUGAAGUUCACCUGUUUACCUUUACUAGACAUUAUUUAAGAAGACACAUCCCAUGCAAGACAAUGGAGUUGUUGGUUAGGUCUAUCUAACAUAUUGUGGACUAUAGUAGUAGAAUAUACCUUACGGUAGAAUCCUGAUAUUCACUCUAUAUGGGUCACGAUCCAAGCUAUGAUUGCCGAUAUUUAUUGUAAGUUAACCAAAUAUUCAAUAAAAACAAAAUUCAAGGGAAAUAUA